AUUAUCUAACAGUGAACUACAUUUGACUAAGCACUAUUACUUACUAAUUUCUUGAUCAGAGUUUUUUGGUAGUUAAUAGUAGUUAUUAGAGCAGUGGUUCCCAAAGUCGGGGUCGCGACGCCCCGGUGGGUCGCGAGACAGUGAGGAAGGGGUCGCGAGAUGAUUUCCAGAAAUCCAAAAAAAAAAAAAAAAAAAAAUAAUAAUAAUAAAAAAUAAUUAAACGAUUAGAAAUAGUAUAUUCUAUCAAUAAUUGUCACAAAAUACUAAAAAUAGUAGUUAAAUUAAAAACAAAAACCAUGCAAAUAAAAAAAGCCAUCAACCUUUCGAUUUUCCUUUUCCUUUGGCCGUGACUCCUGAGGUGAUUACGACAGAUUAAUGACAUAGCAACAGCAUCAGCUGCAGCAGGUCAGUUUACUGCAACAUGUUAAACAUUAAGACAUGUGCACGUAAUUCUUUAGGCUUUAAGCUUUGGAUAUUAUUUUUGUCAAAAUGAAACGUUGGUUAAUAUCGAUCAAAAAAGAAAACGCAGGGAGGCAGCGGAGGAGAGCGGAGAAGCACGCGCGCUUCACAUAUGCCGCGUUUGCAGUGCGCAACUGAUCCAUGGCUGUGUAUCACAAACACAACAUUUACUUAUUUUUAUUUCAAAUCCAAAAGUUGUUACUGAAUAUGGCUUGUCAGCACAGCGAUUCUCUUUGUAUAGGCCUACACUAUAUUUCAUAGAUGUCACGUUUAAACGCACUAUAUUUAAACGUUUUAUUCAUUGCAUUACUUUAUAUUUAUCUGAAGUAAUACUUAUAUUGCUCACGCAAGUGGCAAAACAUUUAAACGUAAGCUUUAUGUUAAAAUCAAAAACGUUUUUUUAAAAAAAAAAAAACUUAAAAUAGACAAAAACAGGCGACUCUCGUCUUUUCUUUCCUUUUAAAUCUUUUUACAAUAAAUCCCUCAGGUCAUAAAGAACUGUUUUUCCACCUUCAGAGGCGAGUGCUAUUGUUUAUGUCUCCUUGUUCACCUAAAUGCCUGGUAAGGUGUUAUUUUCCUUGCUUUACCCGAGGCAGCCGUGUUUAAACUGUGUAGCAGAGACUUUGAACUAUAUGAAUCUAUGAUGAAAUUACUAGUUUUUUCGCGUCAAUACAUGUUUAUUUUAAUGCGAACAGUGCGCUGUCGUUUUAAUUCAGCUGUGCAGCACAGCAAAAAUAGACUCGGCGCGUAAAUGAUCGCUGCACUGCUGCAGACGCACCGCUCCUGGAACGCACUGCCGGACCGCAUCCGCGUGCAGUGUGAAAUCCGUUAAUAUGGGCACAGAAAAAAAUGCGCACUGCAAACAGAGUAUGUGUGAAACAUGCGUUAGUGCGUGUUCGCCUUUGUGCACAACUCGUUAACCACCUCCGAGGAUAGUGGGGGUCGCGAGUCACUGGCAUCGUUAUUUUGGGGGUCGUGGGCUGAAAAGUUUGGGAACCCCUGUAUUAGAGUGUUAAUACUGCUACUUAUUCGUUCUUGUGUAGUUAUUAAUUAAUGAUGGAACAAUCUUCUAAAGUGUUUCCAAUUAUCCACUGCUUUUCUGAUGGAAACUGAUGUAUAAUUCUGUUUCCCAGUAUACACGCAUCGAUGCUGGCCGCACAACAUCCUAUGAGGAGAAAAGGGAAAUCCAUCGCUACUUCUACGUCAGAUAUAAAGAUCACACAUGGAACAGUUUUAAGUAUGAGUUCAACACCCAUAAAGGCAACACCUCCUUCAUCUUAAGGGAAACCUUUGACCGUUCCCAGAUUCAGAUGCACUGCACCUCUGAGGGUGGAACGCAUUACUGUACCAACUAUGGAAAAAUUGAAGAAGAUGAAAAACAGAGACAGCAAGAGGAGGAAAGAAGACGCCUGGAACGUUUGGAACGUGAGCAAAGGAUUCAACAGGAGCUAGACAGAGAGAGUGAAUCAUCUAGACACAAGCUUUCUCGAGCAACUGAGCGGCUUCGUCAAAAACAGAGCUUUAGAGGUCACGAGCAACAUCAUCAACGCACACAAGUUCUCCAUCAGCAAAUAGAAGAUGACGCUGCUGCGAUCGAGAGGGACGAGGUUAAUGAUGUUGAAGAAAAAUUCAAAGACCUUCUGUUGAAGUGCCAGAUUACAGAAGAUAAAGAGGUACAGCACUACCAGAUUUGGGACAGGAUUAGGACACUCCAGAAUGAACUUGCAGUUCAAUAUUGUACAGAAAACAACCUUUCAGCAGGGUCUCAGUUUACCUUUGAUCAAGCUAUAGGAUAUAACGAACUGUCUCUUACAGAGAAGCUCACAGUUCUCGAAGCAUCUCUACAGUUCAUUCUGCACAGUAGCACUGCAGAUGCUAAAGAUGAUGGGGAUCAGCCGCUAGGCUGGGAGAAGUACGACUUUCUCUUGGGUUUGGUGGAGCAUCUUCAUGCCACAAAUCCAACUUUGGCUGAACACAUUUUAUUAAAUAUACUUGACAUGAUCUCAGAGCUUUCACCAAAAAGUAUUGAGAUUUUGGGUCAAAUAUUGUUCAACAGAAUCUGGACACCAACAGAAAUAAUGCUCUUCAUUUGCAAAAGUCCAGCUAUCAAUUGUGAUCAGCUCGAUUCAGUUCUCCACACAGCACAAACCUACCACCUGGACUGCAUCCUCGUUCUCUCUGCUCUUACAAAUGAAAACCCUUUAAUGUUUCUUCAAGAACAAAUCAAAAACGACAAGGAAAAAGACGCUGAUACAAUUGUGAAGGAACUUCGUGAAGCAAACUGCCCAGAGAAAGUCUUGGUGCUGUUGAAGGAUGUGCUUAGAUACAUGGAGUCAGAACUCCCAAAAUAUCAAUUGGUGGACCUUAACAAAGAAAAAAUCGAUGAUUUGAAAUGGAAAAUAACUUCUCUUAAUCUUACAAACCCAGAUAGUAACAUUCUGAAAGAAGUAUUAAUUGGAAUGUCAAUAGCAGUGCAAGACUGCUCAACCAUCACCACAAAAGACAACACAAAGAUUCAAGGUUAUUUUCCAAGAUGUACACAACUAGCAUCAUUGCUUUUGCUCCUCCUGGCACAGCUGACAGAAGACAAAGGAUGUCUUCUAGAGAUUGGCACAGGUGAGGGCAAGUCCUGUAUCUUAGCCAUGUUUGCAACAAUUCUGGCCAUUCGUGGAACAAAAGUGGACAUUGUGACAAGCUCUCCACUUCUUGCCCAACGAGACCAAGAAGAGUGGAAAAAGUUUUUUGAAAUGUUUGGUGUCACCUCGUCUGUAGUACCUCCACGUUUCUCAAGUAACUUUACACCAGGCGAACAAGAGGAACAUGUUAAAGAUGCUUACAGGCAACAAAUAGUAUAUGGCACAGUGGGAGUCUUUGCAGCAGACAUACUUAAACAGGAAUUUGAGAAGAGGACUACUCGUGGUACAAGGCCAUUUGAGCUUGUAAUAGUGGAUGAAGUGGACUACAUGACCUUGGAUAAUGGAGUUCAAGUAACAUUCUUGUCCCAUGAAUCUAGUGGAUUUAGGCAUGUGGAGCAAGUGCUUUCCAACAUAUGGGCCAUGAUAUCUACUUGUCAGCCGAUUGAAAUGUUUGAAACAGGGGAGAUAAAAUGGGCGACAAGGAUACAGUACUUUCAUAAAGCUGUAACAGCAGCCGUUAUGGGGCUGGAAACAUCAGACAGCUUUUCAGCAAAUGAGAUCUUGUUGCCUGGAGUGACUUUGGGGUUCUACACCCAGGAGGAUAUUGAUAUGUUACAGCAAGCUGAGACAAAGAAAGAAAAGGAUGAUGAGAAUGAGGACAGAAUGUCCAAAGCAUUAUCUGAAGUCAUGAAGAAACUUGGUGUUUCACAACAGUAUGAUCUUAUGAGUAUAUUUGAGGAGGUCUUGGAAAACAGUGCAGUGUUUAAGUGCUAUUCUUUAGAGAACAAGAAAGCCAAAUGUUUUCAAGAUCAGGAAAAAAAAGGUGACCUUAAUGUUGAAAUUCUACUGCUGGAAGGAGGACUAGCAUGUGAAAUCAUGUCUGAGAAAUCCCUUAUUGAUGCAACUGUAAGCACAAUAAAGUCAUCUAUUAAGUACUCGAAUAACCUUCAAACAGCGAAAGAAUCCAACAACUUCAUUGUCGUUCCUGGUUUCUUGAAAAGUUAUGUUGAGAAUCAGUUACCAGUUUUUGUUGAGAAUGCACUAAGGGCUGUUGAGAUGACACGGGGCCGGGAAUACAUGAUUGACACCUCACCAGCUGCUGAGAGAGACGUUGCUGACAGUCAUGACAGAGACAAGUAUAAUGCGAUAAUUCCAGUGGACUUCAAAGCGAGCGGUGUGCUAGAGAAAAACAAGAAGUGGGGGAAUGGUCUGCAACAAUUCUUGGAGUUCAAGCACCAACUUGCAAUUUCACCAAUAUCCAACGUGACAAAUUACAUGUCAAAUUUCCAUUAUUUUAAAAGGUACCUCAGUGGGAGUGGCAUAUUUGGUGUUUCUGGUACAUUAGGAGGUAAGGCAGAUUGGGACUUUCUGGCAAAACAUUAUAAAGCAAAGAGCUACACUGUACCUGCACAUCGCCAUAAAAGGGUGGUGGAGCUUCCUGUCAUCCAGGCUAAAGGUGGGAAUGACCAAUGGAUCCAGACUAUUUGCGAAACUUCAUGGAAAGUAGCAGAAAGAGGACAAGUUGUCUUGGUAAUUUGUGAAGAUGUUAAAACAGCAGAUGAACUACAUAAGAAAAUACAAGGCGGUGGCAGAGUUAAGGCAGAACAGAUUACUCUGUACACAAUCAGUGAGAAGCACAACAUUGAAAGAGAGAAAUUCUGUGCAGGCAGAAUCAUCAUUGCCACAAAUCUCGGAGGACGGGGGACAGAUAUAAAGGUCGAUGAAAGUGUGAAUAAGUGUGGUGGUCUUUUUGUUCUACUUACUCACUUUCCACCCAACCGAAGAGUCGAGAAACAAAUAUUUGGUCGUACAUCUCGAAAAGGCAAUCCUGGCAUGGUCCAGAUGAUCGUCAGUUGUGAUCAUCUCGCACCCGCUUACCAAGAUCAGUCUGUGGAAAUCAUGCGUCAGCUAAGAGAGGAUUACGAAAUUAAACGAAUCCAUGAUAUGGAAAGUGAUGAGCUGGUUGAAAUAAAUCUAAAGGAAAAUCUGUUCUCCACAUUUUGCACAUUGCUGAAGGACUUUGAUGGGCAUUACACAGAGCAAGAAAAACUGGACCCCAUGCGAAUGCAAUUUGAGAAUAUUCCUGAUUGCUUUAAACAUUAUCAGAAUAGCUUUGAUUAUCAGCCAGCCAUUAACGCUUUGAAAGAAUCUUGGGCCUUGUGGUUGACCCUUCACGAGGAUGACAUCAAUAGGCAUGAUGACUUCAGACAACUUGAAGCAGAUCUCAUCAGGACAAUAAACGAAACAAGUGGAAAGCUACUGCAAGGAGAAUGUGAUAAUUUCUAUGAUCAUGUCAAACAGGCAAUUGUAAGAACUGAUUUACACUGCCGUGACAAAUCCAACAAUGCCUUUGGAGCUGAAUCCUAUUGGCAAAAAGUUGCUAACUCUGACCCACACUACAAGGCUGUGGCACUCUAUAACCAGGCGUACAUCACCAUCAACCUCGGUAAGGGUAACUAUAAAGCAGAUGCUAUGAAACUGCUGAAUGAUGCGAAGCAAUCAAUUGACACCUAUGUCUCAGAAGUCUCAAACACAAUGGUCUCGUGUAACUUAUCAGUCACUGGUAACAAAGAUCAGAGCACAGACAAAAACAACAACUUUCAGAGUCAAAUGGAGGCCAGAAUGAACAUCUUUAAGUCUUGGAUGACGUACAUUGAUAAUGCAUUGAAUAAACUUAAAGAGCUGGAGAAAAGCAACAGUGAUGCCAUUACAGAGGACUGUUCAGUCUACGUGCUGUCUGAAGAAAAGGACUUCAUCAUCACUAAUGAGCUGAGAUCGCUAUACGACUACGGCCUGGGGGUUGUUUUUGAGGUGAAAAAGAAGCCCAAGUUUUGCAUAGAUGCUUUGAUAUGUUUCAUACUCGGGGUGGUACAGGUUCUUGCUGGGAUUCUUAUUUGUGCGUUGACAUUUGGAACAGCCAGCCAGUUUGGAAUGGGUCUGAUUUCAGAAGGAGUUUCUGACAUGAUUAGUGGAAUAGAGGGGAUGAUUAAAGGCACAUUUGAUUGGGUGUCAUGGGCAAUAUCUAAGAGUAUCAGCAUCGGCCUUGCUUUGCUAACAGCUGGCUUUAGCGUUAUCAAGAAAGCAGUUACUGCAGUGUUUAAAGUGACAAAAAGUCUCCUCAAUGGUACAAAGUCUUUCUCUUCUGUUGCGAAUGAAUUCAUCAAGUCAGGAAAGGCAAUGUUUACUUCAUUCAAAGGAAGUGUUAAGUCUGGUUUAUCAACCCUAGGUAAAGAAUCUUUUAAGUCUACAAUGAAAAACAUGACAUCUUCAGCAGUGGUCAAACAGAACUUCAAAUUUGCAACUAAAUAUGCAGUUCAGGAAAUCGGGAAAAAGUCUGUGCUCACUGCCAUGAACUACGCAAUCGAUGCAGCACUUCAGGAAGUCUUUAAGAAUAUUUUACAAAGCAGUUUUGAGAAUGUUGUUACUUCAUCAGUGAAGCAGAGCAGUAAACUGGAUCAGACUCUGGUUGAAUUCAUCAGCUCAGGCAUUCCGAAAGUUGCAUUGAAAAAGAGAAUUUCAAGAUUGACCAGAAUUAUGAGAAGCAAAUAAAAAAAU